GGCAGAGCAUCCAAGUUGAUGUCCUGCUCCGACGUGGUGCAAAAAUUAUCUCCAAAUUAGUACCAACUGAUCACGCGUGUGGAUGUCCUCUUGCUCCUCACCAGAAACAAGAUGAAGUCUUACACAUACCUCUUGGUCGCUCAGUGGUCGGUCUUCCAACUUGCGACUGCGAGACAGCGCAUGCUCCGGCGAGAGCCGCGACCGCUACCAGUUAGCGAGGAGGUGGUAUCUCCAUCGAGCCAGGCGCUCGGUCACCAAGAGCCAGAUGAACAAGGAGCAAAAGACGACUCCUCAACCACUUUCCUCGCUCUCGGAGAAGACGAGGAACAGCAUGGGGGUGCUAGAGCCAAGCCCAAGGCCACGAAGCGGAAAAAUGAAAAUCGCGAUGAACGAGGGGGUACAACUACAACUUCUCCCGACCACGGAGCGGCACAGCGUGUCAACCAAGGAGAUAAUUACGGAGACAAGGUGAACUAUGACCUGGAUGCGAUGGAUAACGAAGGGUGCUCCAACCUGAACAAGUUGCAUGUGCGAGAGUCGAGGUUGCGGUACAACGAGGACCCACUUUCGUAUCAGAUUCGGCAGCUGGGAACGAUGCUGAGCCGCGCGGAACGCAUCACGGACACGGAUUCCACAGCGUUCCGUGAAGCCUACACAGCGGCACUGCAGCAGCGUGACUGUUUGUUCUGGCUCAUCGACGAAGCAAAGGGCGAGCCGGAGCUUGCUUCUCACAAGGCGAUCGACCAUGCUGUGGAAGGUAUUGAUGAUUUUCUUCGGAACAAUGAACUGCUUCGACGUGCAGAACGAAGCAAAGUAGACCAUAGUGCAUUUGCCGGCUUCUUUCGACAGCGGGUCGCUCGCACUUGCCUUUUUGAAAAGACCUAAAACCAAGUACAAAAAAUAAAAAUAAUGCGCUCAGUAUACUUUUUUUGUUCAUGAUCAUGGGCUCCGGUGAAAACCGCAAAUCGGUAAUACAUACUUACGAUGCCGUCGUCGCGUCGUUCUUGAAGAAGAUUUCGAACAAUCAGACAAGAGUAAGCGGACCUGGUCUUUUUUGAAAACACACAGUUAGUGCUCUCGCGCGCGCCGGUGAUAUCAGCGCGUUGGAGAAGCGGUACCGCACCCUGUUCAGCGGGGAGGAGAAGCCACGCCAUUUGAAGUCGGAUGUUUCAACCAGCGAUGUCUUGCGAAACAAGGUCCGAAGUGGUGAGUUCGAGGACAAAUUUGACAACUACCUUGCCAUGCACUAUGGAAGCAUCAGCUUGGAAAUCUACUGCAAAGUGGAAAGUGUAAUGAUCUGUGUAGAAGUUCGCAAAACGGGCAAGAAUGUGCCAAGCGGUUGCUAUUAAAGAGCACGCCGGGUGGCGAAAAAGCGGUCCCUCUCCCUAUCAUCUAUUUCCCCUCCGGACCAUAGAGACAGUGUGAUGAAUUGCUGUUGGGUGCUGUCUCAAAAUAAAAAUGCCAUACGUCACCGCUUACUAGGACAGAAGUCCGCUAUUGCGGGGGGCCCAAGAACAGGCACAGCUAUCCGCUCCAUCAAUAUGCAUGCACAAAAAAUAAAAACUGUGAUUGCAAUUGCUAUUGCACUUUGAAACUUUGUCGAAGAUUUCCAAUGGCUGACGCCUCCAUAUGCACAUUGUGCAGGAGAACGACAACGCGCGCCCGGGGGAGAAAACCCUCCUGUCGGAGGGGACCGCGCACAACAGCGCGGGCGAGUCCAUGGUGGACGUAGUGGAGAAGGCGGGCGCCUGGUUUGGGAAGCAGGAACGAGUAGCAAAGCGGCUGCGAGACGACUACAGCCAAAUGCAAAAUCACUUGGAGGCGGCUGCCGUCAGUCUGCCCGCAGACAUCGAAGCGAACCCGCCGGAGUACCCGGACGGUAUCGUGAAUGGCGCGAAGGCACUGAAAAACCUGCGCAGCGUCGUGCCAAGCUUCAUCCGUCACACGAAGGACAAACUGAUGAAAAUUUUCGAACAGGUUUGAAUGUAGUUUGUCGAAUUUAAGAACAAGAAAACAGCAAUGCGAAAGUGCCCUGUAGUGCGUGAGAAUGAGAAGUGUAAACGUUGUUGGGGAUGAUGAACCUCCCGUCAAGAACACCCUCCUACCAGAAGAAGAAAAAGUAGGGUGCGCCAUAGCAACAUGAGGGUGACGAGUGCGGCGCCCAAACUCUCAGUUACUUAACCUUUCUGAAUGUAUGUCUAUUAUGAACCAAUGAAAAAUGAUGUUUGUGCCUGUGUUUCUGUGUAUGUGAAUAACCACCGUAGUUCUUCUUCUUGUAUAAAAAUAAACGAAACAAUUCCCCCGCCCGUUUCAGUUUCUUACUCUUAGCACGUCGAAAUUUUGCGAAUGUAAGCUUUGUUGUAAUUGUUGCCGGCUAAUACUGAU